AAUGGACGUAUUGUGGUGGGGUUCGAAAGAUUCUAAAACAGCACAAGAAGAAGGUUUACAACAUUUACGCAUCAUGUUACAUAUAAAAAGCUCGAGAAACCUGUUCCUGAAAAAAGUGAGAGUUGUUAAUUAAGAUGAAGGAGGAGAAUGGGAUAGAGGAACUGUGGAGGGAAGUGAGGGAUUUGAGUUUGGGAAACGGCGGAAGAGUAGAGAGACUAGAGUCUCCACCAACCCCAGUUCAGUUCCUGAGAGACUUCAUCACACCAAACAAGCCAUGCAUAAUCUCCAACGCCAUUACGCACUGGCCCGCACUCUCUUCCUGGACCAACCCUUCCCACCUCUCCCAAUCCCUCUCCGGCGCCACCGUCUCCGUCCACCUCACCCCCACCGGCGCCGCCGACGCCCUCGCCCCUCUCCGCUCCUCCCUCUGCUUCGCCUCCGCGCACGUGCAGCGCGUGCCCUUCCCCCACGCCCUUGACCUCAUCUCCUUUUCCGAGCCUUCCAAGCUAGUCGCUUACGCGCAGCAACAAAAUGAUUGCUUUCGCUCUGAAUAUUCGUCUCUUGCUGAUGACUGUGACCCUCACUUUGGUUGGGCCACCGAAGCUAUUGGCUCCGAACCCGAAGCUGUGAACCUCUGGAUCGGUAAUCAGCAUUCCCGAACCUCCUUCCAUAAGGAUCACUACGAGAAUCUCUACGCUGUUGUCACUGGAGAAAAACACUUCCUGUUGUUGCCACCUACUGAUGUUCAUCGCUUGUAUAUUCGUGACUACCCUGCUGCCACUUACUCAUAUUCUUCGGAUACAGGAGAGUUCGAUCUGGAACUUGAGAAGCCAACAAGGUAUGUGCCUUGGUGCAGUGUGGAUCCUUAUCCUUCUCUGGAGACCAUGGAUAAUGAGAUGACCAAGUUUCCCCUGUACUUCAAUGGCCCUCGGCCGUUUGAAUGUACUGUGAAGGCUGGCGAGGUUCUCUAUUUGCCUAGUAUGUGGUUCCAUCAUGUUAGACAGGGUGUGGAUGACGGAGGAUUAACUAUUGCAGUAAAUUAUUGGUACGAUAUGCAGUUCGACAUUAAGUACGCUUAUUUCAACUUCUUACAAUCUAUUCGAUAUCGAUCUGCCCCUAGUGCAAUGAUAAGUGAUAAAUUGUCUGAGGAGAUAGAUUCAGAUUCUGAUGAUUAUGAACAUUGAUGAAUUCUCAUUUCUUCUCUCAGCCAACCAUAUUUGAUGAAUUCAAGCGAAUGAUAAUACCAAAAGUAAAGGGUACUUGAUCAAACAGUUUUUGGAAUGUGAGAAAGCAUUAUUCCCCAAAACGUGCAGCUACUUGUUCUUCAUUUUUAUCAUGUGAUGCCUAUUUUCCCGUUUCCAUUUUCUUUUUUUCCUCUUUCUGCUGCGGGUGCUGUAUGUAUUAGUCUUGUUGAGCAAAUUUUGGUAUUUUUUAAUCUUGCUUUUAGUUUCUGCAAGACA